UUGAACUACAUCUUAAUUCAAAUGAUGGAAAAGUCUUGGAAAAUGUUUGCUCGGCCAUUCAGUAUCUGUGUUGGUUCAGAAGAUGGAAUCCAGAUUGUGAUUGAUGCUGGUUUUGUCCCAAAACUAGUUGAACUUCUCCAACACCCUUCCCCAUCUGUGCUUAUUCCCGUACCGCGUCUCAUUGCCACUAUAGUUAGUAAACAUAAGGACCAGAUCCAAUGUGUGAUCGAUUGUGGUGCUUUACGCAUUAUUUCUGACCUGUUUAAUCGAGACUAUGACGAACAAGUAAAGGCAGCCACCUUCUUGGCGGUUAUAAGCAUCACCUCAGGCUUUAGAGAACAUAUUCAGGCAGCUAUUGAUGAAAAUUUGAUUCCAAAGUUGGUCAGUCUGGCUCAAAAUGAUGAAUUGGGGAUGAAGAAGGUAGCUGUAUGGGCAAUUUCAAAUGCAACCUUAAGUGGUUCUCAUGAGCAAAUCAUAUUCUUGGUGGAGCAGGGUUGCAUUAAACCUUUAUGUGAUCUCCUGUUACAUCCAGAUCUAGUGAUCAUCUCAGCGUGUCUGAAUGGAUUGGAAAAGAUUUUAGAGGUUGGAGUGGCAGAGAUGAACAUAGGAGGAGGAAACGUGAACAAUUACACUCAACAGAUUGAAGACGCGGAAGGUCUAGAAAAGAUUGAGAACAUGCAACACCACGAAAACAACGAGAUCUCCGAGAAGGCUUUCAAUAUUCUAACGACAUACUGGUAGGAAGACGAUGGUGAGAAUUGAGAAGACACAACAUCCUCCAAGGUGAUGAUCUGGUUUUGCAGUUGUGAGAGAACCAGAUUUUUAUCUACUUUAUGAGAUCUUCAUCUACCUUUCAAACUGUCGAAAAAAUGACUUUAUAGAUAUUAAGAGAUUAGGUUGAUUUAGGAAAGAUGACUGUAGAUACGUUUAUCCAUUAAGAGAUUAGGCUGAAAUGUACAGUAUUUGGCAUAUUAGAUGAAUGUCAGAGAAGGUGAUAUUUGGACAUAUUG